AUGGGAAAGCAAAGCGAACCUUCCACUCCCAAAAGGCCUACUAUGGCUCACCCUACGAAGCCUCAAAAGAGGCAAUCUAUUAAGCUCCCCCCGAAGUCUUCUACUCGACCCAAUCGACGGGUCUCUCGAAUCCUUGCUGAGCGUGGUCGUACUUCGCUGCCACAGCCGGAGCCAGUUCAGCAGCGACCAUACAACCUCCGACCAAGAUCUCCACAUUUCGUCAUCAUCUAUGAGGAUGGCCACCACGGUCGGCUACGUUCAGUCUACAACCGAAUCACGCGUCAAUACGUCUACCAACACCGACGUGACCAAAACAAGAAAAUUCGCAUGUCGUUCGUUAGAGGAAAGCUCGAACGCCUCCAAAACAUCAGGACCCAAGAGAUCCUAUUCCACAAGGAUCGCUCAUAA